AAAAGCCGACAACAUAUAAAAGGGUGAGCUUUCAUCGUCUUGACCAAUUCUACAAAAUCAUUCAUUAUGAAGUUAGUUCUCUCCCUCGCUCUUUUUGCAGUUUCUGCUUUCGCUCAGAGUGCUGCAAUUGGAUACCCUCCGCAAGGUCUUUCAGUCUCUCCUGGAAGCAAUAUGACUGUUCAGGUGGAGAGACCUGAUUCAUUAACGGGCUCUGAGGAAGUUGCUGUCGUCAUUGGCAUACAGUCAUGCCCAGGAUCACCGUGCAUUUCCCCUGCUGAUUACAUGGGCCAAAUUUUGUACAACGGUCCCUUCGACCCACAGUUCCACGAGACGUACCUCCCCCCUUACGACAACUUCACAGUACAGAUUCCAAGUAGUAUCGCCAACGGAACCGCUCUUCUUGGGGUUGCUCAUGUAACUCUUGUGGGAGCUGGGUUGUACCCUUUUCUAGAGACUCUGAAUCGUACCAUCACAAUUUCAUGAUCGUAUUUCUCAUUUCACGACUAUGGACCUUUUGGGACUAUUUGGAUAUAGACGGACGUUGUGUAGUGCAACGAUGCAUACAUAUACUAGUAAUUCGGUGGUUGUACAUAUUUCUGUGAUGUCCUUUGUGCUACUCAAAUGCUUGCGAAUUCUCAUCUUCUUUUGCGAUCGUGUGACAUGUCAUAGUAUCCCAGUGUUGCAGUACUUUACCACAAAUCGUUGUACAUAUGUUUCCUUUCGUGUUGUACAGCAAGUACUAUAAAUGAAUUCCAAGGCGUUCCGGAUAGCCAAAUUAGGGUUGGACGGAGCGGAACGGUUCAUUGGGGACGGCCGGUCACUUCCAAUUU